GCCGCAAAGAUGAGGAAACAGAAGCCUUCUAUGAAGGGUUCAAAUCAAAUUGUAUCCAAGCUUCUAAGGCCAAAGCAGCCUGAGAACAAACCCUCUGGUCCUAAGAAAGCAAAGGGACCGAUCGUUUUGGAAGCCAGACGUGAGAAGAAGAAUCUUGAUGGAAAAGAAACUUUUGAUUUUUCCAGGGUGCCUUUGCUGGGCGUUCCAAGAGUGGUACAAGUGGGGGAUGCUGGUGGUUGGCAAUCCUCGUAUUGCACCAUUAUGUAUCAGAAUAUCCUCUUCCUGAGUUCCAGCAGGGCUGGUGCUCGCAUGGCAGGGAGAAAAAUGAGCAAUAGAGCAUGUAUAAAAUUUGUUCUGAGACUUACAGCUGAGGGUCAUGAUCUCUCUCAACCAGUUGAUUUGAAGGACCAUUGCGAUAGGCAUGGGACAAACAAUUUUGUUACAAUCAAGCUUAUACUUUACUCCAUGAACUACCUUCAUCUCGCCCGUCAUCACUCUCCUUAACUUCAAACCUGAUGGCGAAAGCACCUUGUUAUAAUCCGAUUUAGCGAACUCCGCAAGUUGCGUCUUGCGGGGACUGGUUAUGUCUUUUAUCGGUCCCCAUUUUCUGACUGAACUCACCUUCCUAGCAUCGGAACAACCCAAAGAAAGGAUUGUGAGGAAACCAGGCAGAGAACAAAACCUAAGUUUUUCUCUUUCUUUAUUUGUAAAAUCCAACCUAAUUGAUUUUGUUUUCAUUUUUUGGAUAUUAGUUGCGGGGGCUAUUUCAGUAUUUUGGUUGUUGAUUGAUCAUUUAAAUUUAUAGCUGUUUAUUUGGUUCCAAGACUGUCCUUGAUGAUUGUUGAAUUUAUUAUCUCAA